UCCCUCGAUCCUCCCCCCCCCCCCCCCCCCCCCCAGCUGCCCCCGAGCGAGAGUGAGGUGGCAGACGAUGUUAAACAAUUCACUCGCUUUCCUUACAGUGAAGAGAACACCAUUAUGUUGAAGUGCUAUUGUUUGGAGGAUAUUGUGCGCCUUCGUGGGUUAUUUGUGGUGUUCGUGGUACUUUUCAGUUUGUGUUUUGCGUCUGCUGAGAAAGAUUUCGACUGGAAAAUACGUGUGUUGAUUGUAACCAGAGCUACGCCGAGGGAUGGACACCUGCGUUUCUUCCGCUCGCUCAGGGCAGCCGAGAUUCCCGUGGAGAUUGUGCAAACGAGUGAUGAAAACAGUGAGAUCUCAAAAGUCCUCGAGACUAUACAAAAUUAUAAUCAAGAUGAGGUAUUGAUAUUAACAAACAGCGACCAGUAUCUAGCGACGCAGGAGGCCCCCGCCGCCGCCUGGACCGUGGUCGGGGAGGCGGCGCGGCAGGAGGCGGCGGUGCUGAUGCCGUUCCCCGCGCUGCCCCGCGUCAGGAGCUACGAGGUCCAUGGGCAGCUGGAGAGGGUACAGAAGGAACUGGAGCACUACCGCGAGUUCGGGCGGUCGGGCGUCAAGCCCCACGGCCCACACGGCCUCGAAGAUGCCCGGAAGCUGCUUAAGGAACUGCAGCAUCUCCGGGUCCGGGAGGAGCAGGAUCAGAGGCAGGCCAAGGCGGAUACACAAUCCUUCGAGGCUUUUGCCUUCGCGGGGCUAACGAAUUCGGUCCAGAAUCUUCUCGAACGGCUGGAGACGGGGUACCACCAGGGGUCAUUGGGUACGAUGUGGCGGGUCCUGGCUGAGAGUCCUGGCUUGAGGAAACGCCUCCAAGUUGCGCUGGAUUAUCGCUACCUUGCCUUCCGUGGGGCGAAUACCUUGCAGACAGGCGACUUCGGCUUCCGCGAGCGCCUCGACGGGGAGCCCAUCCUGCACGCCAAGGACCUGACGCUGCCGCCCUUCCUGUACGGGAGUCCGCUCGCCCUGCCCGCCAGCCUCGCCAACAUGGUCACGAGGGAGGUCACCUUCAAGUUCCUCUGCGAAGAUUGCCCCGACGAUCCCCUGCCGCGCCCUCAGGUGUUGGGGGAAGGCGAAGAGCUCCCGAGCGUAAAGGUGGCCGUGUUCGUCGCGGACCGGAUGCCCUUCUUCAGGCUGUUCCUCCGCCGCCUGAGCCGCCUGCGUUACCCGAAGGACAAGAUAACGCUUUUCAUGUACAUCUCAGAGGCCGCGUCUCAGCACGUCGAGGAGUUCGAAGACUUUCUCGACGAAUACGAAAUGCAGUACCAGGACGUGGGCGUGGCUUAUCCGGAGAUAGGAAUCGACUACACGAAAGCUCACAGGCUCCUUUGGCAGGAAGUGAUGAAGUCUAAGGAAGACUACUUGUUCAUGCUCGACGCAAAUGUCCAGCUUACCUACCCCGAUGUCCUGCAGGAUCUCAUGCGUAAGAGAAGGAGUGUGGUCGGCCCCCUCUUGACGCACGCCGACGGCACCGGACAUAACCUGAUGACCGAAUACAUCAACCACGAAUUCUCCGAGGGUUUCUUAGCCGGGAACUUCGUUGCUCGACACCGCGACGUGAACGGAACCACCGACUUCGUUGGGAUGCUGCAGGUGGCCAGGAUCAAGAGCGCCCUUUUGUUCACCAGAGACGCCUUCAUGCACAUCAAGGGAAGCUUCACCUCUUCCGGGGAUGACAUGUGGAAUCGCUUCUUCAUUCAUGUCUUUGAGCAGGGUUACAUCCCCUACACAUGCAACCAAGAGAACUACGGCCACCUGACGAAGGAGGAGGAGGACGGGAAGUUUACCCCCGACAUCUGGAACCUGGAACGCAACCAAGAGGACUUCAUCGCCUACUUCACCUUCCUCCAGACGCCAGAGGGGCAGGAGGUCUCGUUGGGCGAGGGCGAGUGCGAGGGCGUCGUCAGGCGGUGGCUCUUCAGGGACCUCUUUGCCCGAGACCUGAUGGCUCGUGUCGAGGGAGACCGCCGCUGGGAAGACGCCGUUCGGGAGGGAGCUUCAGACUCCGUAGAAGUCCUCGCACCUCCCGAUGGACUCGAGAGAACGGCGGGACAAACCCUUGCCAAGUUGGUCUUCAAGAGCAUGAUGCCUCAGCUCAACAAUACGCAGGUAUCGUCAGAGGAAGAGCUGCAUGUUCUGAAGGGCAGCGGCAGUUUUUCGCUUGACGGAGCCUCCUUUAUGGUGCUGAUUGCUUUAGGGGAUGAGGUCACGGAGUUGGAAAUCCAAUCCACAAGUGAACAGAAGUGCCACCUGGCUCUGCAGAAGGGGGAAGCGGCAUCCUUCAGAAGUGCCGACUACUCGAAGCUCACGUUCCCGCAGUCGGUGACCUUGGCUCUCAUGACCCGUUGACCUCAUGCUGACCUUAAUAUCCCCCCAAAAUAGAGGGAGAAAUGUGAGAAUAGACAUGUCCCCUUUUCUGUAGAUUUUCCGCUAGUAUUUGAAAUCGUAAUGACAGAAAUACUAUGGUUCUGGGCACGACAGCGCUAUAGCUUAGGUAUCCUCCAUCUUAAAAUACGUGUUCUUUUGUACAGCUUUUGUUAUUCCCGGGGAAAAAAAAACUCCCCUAACCCCUCGGACGUAAUUUUAAAUGUCGUUGUCGCUGAGGUUCGUCUCACUUAUGCCGGGUAUGAAGGAAAAUAUGUAAGGGCUUCGUGGACAUGACUCAGAUAGAGGCCAGGGGACGAGAGAGAUCUUCUUCACAUAAAAUCUGCUCUGUUCCGGCGCUUCGAAUUGCCUCUCUCUCUCUCUCUCUCUCU